AGAGAAAAUUGCCUGCGUAGGUGUGUUACCAACCUCCACGGCCAGGCCAAUUCGUUUAAUCCACCCAACUCAACGCCUUUGGUUGAGCAGCGGUCGAGUCAACUAAUUGUCGCCUGAACCUGCGACACCCUCCCUGCCUCAACUAGAAAGAGGGAUACUGCCCACAAUGUCUGAAUUUUCUCUUCAGGAUCGCCUCCGCGACCAUGCAAAGGCCUUCGAUGGCCUGCUGUCCCUGAUUCCGGCCAAGAUGUACUAUGGGGAGGACACGAGCGAUCAAUGGAAGAAGAAGAAGCAAACCAAGGCGGAGGCGAAGGCGGCAAAGAGGGGAAAGCUUGACCCGGAUAGCGAGCUGAACCGCAACGCCAAGGAGGUCAUGGACGAGAGGGCGCGGAAUAAGCGAAAACUGGGCGUGAUGCAAGAAGAUGCGAGUACCGACGAGGACGCCGAGGACGCCGAGGACGAGGACGAGGACGAUUCGUUCAUCACCCCCGUUGAGAAGGAGAAGCCUGGAGAAGGCCUCAAGAAGAAGUCCCUUGAAGACGAGACGGCAAGUAAAAAACAAAAGGUUUAUGAGGAUAUCGAAUCGAAUCAGCGGCAACCAAGCGACAAGGAAAAGGAAAAGGAAGAAAAGAAACUAUUAAAGAAGCAAAAGAAGGAGGAAAAGAAGAAGCUGAAGGCCGAAAAAGCCGACCUCAAGGACGCUGCACCCAAGACUAGCGGACCGGGCCCAAAGCAGGCUCAAAAGCAACCGGAGAAAGUCCAGAAUGAACAGGAAGAGGCCAUACCGGAAAACAAUAAUCGCAUCGAGCCGUCGACCGAGGAAGAAGAGGCCGACGAAGGCGGCGAGCUUGACCAGGUGGAUAUCUCGGACCUUGCAGAUCCAGAAGAUGACGGUGCUGCCGCCUCGACGCCGACCUCUGGGCCGAAUUCACCCGUCUUCGACUCCAACGACGCGGGCAAAAAUUCGGCUGAGCCGGCUAGCACCACGACAUCCAUAUCCUCCGCCAUAGCCCCGUCAGAAAAGCCGAAGCACAUCAAAAUGCCAACCGACACCACCGCGCUCCGCGCUCGCCUGGCAGCCAAGAUCGAAUCGUUGCGGGCGGCGCGCAAGGCAGACGUGGACGGCAAACCGAUCCGCACGCGCCAGGAGCUCAUCGAGGCCCGGCGCGAGAAGCAGGCGCAGAGGAAGGCCCACAAGAAGGAGCUCCGGCGCCUGGCCAAGGAGGAGGAGGAUCGCAAGCGCGAGGAAGCCCUCGCCAGCGCACGCAACUCGCCGGGCAGCAUGCUCAGCCCCCUGGUCGGCGGCGCCGGCGCCGGCGACGAGGACGACGGCAGCGCGAACCACUACGCGUUCGGGCGGGUGGCGUUCGCCGACGGCACGCAGAUGUCGCACGACCUCAGCUACGCCCGGGAGGGCGCGGCGGACGGCAAGAAGCGCAAGGGCCCGUCGGACCCCAAGACGGCGCUGGCCAAGCUGGAGGCGCAGAAGCGGCGCAUCGCGGGGCUGGACGAGGACAAGCGCAAGGAGGUGCUCGAGAAGGAGACGUGGCUGGCGGCGCGGCGGCGGGCCGAGGGCGACCGGGUCCGCGACGACGAGGGCCUGCUCAAGAAGGCCGUCAAGCGCAAGGAGAAGGCCAAGAAGAAGAGCGAGCGCGAGUGGGGGGAGCGCAAGCGCGGCGUCGAGACCGCCGUCUACGAGAGGCAGCGCAAGCGCGAGGAGAACCUCCGCAAGCGCAGGGACGAGAAGGGCGGCAAGGGGAAGAGGAAGGGCGGCCCCACCAAGAAGAAGAAUAGGCCCGGCUUCGAGGGGAGCCUCGGCGGCAUUGGCGGCGGCGGGAAGAGGAAGUGACGAGGGUAAUCAUAGGAAGGAAUACGGGCGGGCAUGGCUGUCCGUGGGCCGCGCAGCUGCCACAUCUCGUUCCAUACUCUAUUUUCAUCCCGGCGUUCGGUGUAAAUACCUUCUACGGAGUUGGCGGUCGUCAUAGCACCGUGUAUUUGACGAGGAAUUUCAAAUUGGAUUCUACUGUCAUAUCCUUCACUCCCUUUCCGAGAGGAAGUUUCGAUUUUCUGCCCGUGGCUUGCUCGUGCGAAAACAAAAACUCCCGUGAAUCCUCGCUGGGCUUUUUUUUUUUGGCCAGACGAACAUGAAUGAAAAUAAAGGGGAAAACAUUCAAACGCACAAAACCCAGAGAUCUGAAAUGCUGCUAAUCUAAC